AAUUGAAAGAGAAAGCAUAUACCGCUAGCUGAGCCUCUCUGGAGGCAGGAACCUGUUUCUGAGUGACUGAGAACCGAGCUUGCUGCUUUUUUUUGCCGGUACAGUUCAGCGGGGAAAGAUCUGCAAGCAGUUUAUGGAGGAGAACUGGAUCAAGGGAUGCACCAUGAGCGGGCAAUUGGACAACUUCAACAUGUUUGGGAGCAACAAGAACAUCCAAGCCAGAGAGUAUCAUGGCUUGAGGAAUCAGGGGUCGACGUGCUACCUGAACAGUGUGCUGCAGGUGCUGUUCAUGACGGAAGACUUCAGAGAGGCAGUGGGCAGGUGUCCGACUGGCCGUGAUGACCGGAUCGAUCGUCAACUGGAUGACUUGUUUGAAACCUUAAAGGAAAGAACAGGAGAAACCAACAGAGUUACUCGGAAGCUGGGAAUUGAUAAAGUCAAUGAACAGCGAGAUGCGGCCGAGUACUUGGAGAAGAUUUUAACUAUGACCAGUGAUGAGGCGUCAAAGAUAUUCGAGGGGCUUCUGGUAAACAAGACCGUUUGUUUGGGCUGUGACCAUGAAAGUGAUGAAGAAAAGUCAUUCUGGAAUCUUCCUCUUCCUCUGAGGUCUUCCUCGGAGGAAAACUACAGUGUGGUGGAAGCCAUUCAGGAGUUUUUCAAAGACUCGCAUUGCACCGAAGACAACCAGCUGUACUGUGAGACGUGUGAAGAAAAACAGGACGCUACUAUUAAAUGUGUGGUCAACCAUCACCCAGAGGUGCUGAUGUUGCUGCUUAAGAGGUUUGAGUUCAACUACUAUCAAAUGUCUUACGUGAAAAACGCCCGUGUGGUGGAUGUUCCCCGCACUGUGCAGAUACCCGAGAAUCAGGCGUAUGAACUCUACGCAUUUGUCGAACAUUUUGGCACUCUGAACAGUGGACAUUACACAGCAACUAUCAUGUCCCAGGACGACGACAGGUGGUAUAACUUCAAUGACUCCAGUGUCAGCGAGCUACAUUACCAUCCAUUUCAGAGAAACAUGAUUAAAAGAUCCCAGAGCGCCUAUCUUCUGUUUUACAGAAAGAAAGGGUCUAAGGAACCAGACAACAGGAAGGUGUCCCACAAAGGAGGUCUCCUGCCAAACAGCAAUGAAAACAAAGUCUGUUCUCCAAAUGCCUACGAAAGCGAUGAAGAUGCUCUAGAAAAUAAUAAAAUGACAGGAAUAAACAUGCCCAAUGCCUUUCUUACAGAGGGAUCAUCUGACUUAUCGAAAACAAGGCUUAAUAACGGAGUUGACGCUAACGAACGACAAUCACACCGUGGCCUCCCCUGUAACCAGGACGAUGGCGAGUUCCGACAGCAAACUAAAAAUGCGUCCAAAAAGCCUUUGGAUGAUGAGGACAGAGUGGAAAGCCAAGGUGAGCCUGAUGUUCAGGUUAAUACUAGAAAAGAUGAAGACAAUCCUCCUAAACGAAGAAAAACGAAUGAGAAUGCUGACAAGAGUGUUCAGGCAGGACUUAGCGGUAGGAAAUCCGGUGAAAUGGUUGAAGGAAACAGGGAGAAGACUGUACGAGAGGCUGAGACGUCAGGCGGUGAUAAACCUGAGCAGGAAAAGCAGGAGCAAAGGGAGAGUCAUGCUAAACAGGGCAAAUACCAGACGAAUAAUCAGGCGGAAAGUGGCUCUGCAAAGCAAAUUAAUCCUGAGCUGAAGGGAUACGUGAACGCAGAUGUUCGCGGAGAGAGAAACAAACAGGUGAAUAAUCGCCCAGGGAAGGAAGGAAGAGGCGAUGUUAAACCCAAUCAGCAGGAGGUGGUAGCCAGGCAGGACCCGAAAAGUUCAAGUGAUGUUCCGCAAGAAAAGAAGCGAGCUAAUAAACAAGAGCAUGACAGUGUGAAAAAAACAGAUGGUAAGGCAGAUGAAAGUGGUAAGAUUACGAGGGCAACAUCUUCAUUGCCAGGGCAAUCAGACCAAUUAGACGAGAAAAAGGUUGUUCAGAGUAUUAAAGAAAAACCCAAAAGCAGAUUUUCUUGGCGCAAUCCUUUUAAAAAGGAUAAAUCAAAGAAGAGGCAACCCAAUGUAGUCAGUCCAAGUGGAGAAGCAGAGAACAUUGAGCCGAACGGUGAUUCAAGUCCCAAAAAGGAGACUGAUGCAACCAUCCAUGAUUUUCACAACAAAAAGGGUAAAGCUGAGAAAAAAGGAAGGCGACAUGAGGAAAAUACCACUAAAAAAGGAAAAAAGAAAUCCUCUCUCAACUGUUUUAGGUAAAUGAAGGAUGAAGUAAAGCAUUCGCACCAAGCAAAGAAUACAGCUAAAUACUUGAAAGACCGUGAUUGUGAUGAACUGCAAGAUAGUUUUCUAUUACUGGUUAGAGAUGAUAAAACAUAAUCACCAAAGACUGAAGUGAUUAUAAUCUGCUUCCCACCGUGUUUCCGCCUGCAUUUAGAAAACUGAACAUCUACAUUUUGCCUGGAACUGUGAAUCACUUUCAAUUUUAACACAUUUAGUUGCUUCAGUGUGUACGUUGUUAAUCAUUUUUGUUCAGCUGGGAUCAGGAUGUUUAACGAAGAAUUGUUUUUUAAUUUAAUAAAUUGUUUGCAGUUUUUUUGGAUCUGGGUGUGAGUGUUUAAAUCUUGCUUCACUUUUCAAAUGUUUCAAACUUUACUGUCCAGAUAAUCACAUCUUUGUCAUACAUUUUGUGUUUACCACAUUUUUUCCCUUUGUCGCAUUUGCAAAAUUAUUUUAUUUUGUUGUAAAAAAGGCACCAAAAUUAGGUUAGAAAAAAAGCCCUAUUUUGUGGAGAAUGAUUGUUUUGGUUGAUAUGUGAAACACAGAAAGCAUACAGAACUAUAUAAUAUAAUAUAGUUGUCUAUUUUUUUUUAAAGAGAUAAAAGAUAAAAUACCUUAUUGUCAUUAUACAUGUGAAACAAACAUUGUUAGCAACCACUGCACACAAAAUAAAGGGAAUAAUUCCAAAACAA